AUGGCCACACGUCCAGCAGAGAAGGCCGGUCACUGGUACAAAGCCAAGCCAACCGUGUUGAAGAAUGAGCUUCAGAAAUACCUGGCAGCAGUUCCUGAUACUGUCGAUGGAGCUCCUGUGCCCAUUUCCGGUGCACGUGUAGUAAUUGCGCCCCAUGCAGGAUACGAUUACUCUGGUCCCUGUGCAGCAUGGGCAUACAAGACUUUGGACCUGACCGGUGCUAAGCGUGUUUUUGUCCUGGGACCUUCUCAUACAUACUACCUUGAAGGAUGCGCAACCUCAACAUUUGGCAAAUACGAAACUCCUUUCGGAGAUCUGACGGUUGACCAAGAUGUAGUCCAGCAGAUUAAGGAUGCUGCUGAGAUGGAGGAGAUGCCCACGCGAGGAGAGGUCAGCGAACAUUCUCUCGAGAUGCACAUGCCGUACCUCUACCUUCGCUGUGAACAGACCUUUGGUACCCCGGACAAGUUUCCCAAGAUCGUCCCGCUUCUCAUUGGCAACAACAGCGGACCGGAGGAGAAGGCACAUGGCAAGGUCCUGCUCCCAUAUCUCCAAGAUCCCGAGAACGCCUUCGUUGUGAGCUCCGACUUCUGCCACUGGGGUAAGAACUUCAGUUACCAGGUAUACUCGCCCACGAACAAACCCUCAGAUCUCAAAAAGUUGCGCUCUACCGAUGCAGCACCAAAAGGCCCGCCGAUCCAUGAGACAAUUCGUGUCAUCGACGAAGCUGCCAUGGACGCCGUCAAGAGCGGUGUUCAUGAUAGCUUCCUUGCGACGCUGAAAGAGACUCGCAACACAGAUAAGGAAAAGGGAUACUUUAGUGUCAUUAAGUAUGACCGCAGUAACUUGGUGGAGGAGCCUCAGGACAUGAGCGUGAGUUACGUGUCCGCAUAUGCUGUGCUUUGA